UCUGUCUUGGGGAUAUUAAUGACAUCUUCUCUGGUGGCGACUGCUGUCCAGCUGUUCUGCAAAACUGGAGCUUUCAGGGUAGCAGGACUUAAUGUAAAUGAAAGCAGAGGAAACUGUCGGCUGCACUGUGGUCCAACCAAUAGCAGCACAGCUCCAUCUUGGCUGUGCACUAGACUGCGUUACAAACAGACGAUACCAUCGCUUCAACAGCAUCCUCCCAGACAAGAGUUUCAAAGGAGAACACAAGAAGUGAAGUCUCUAAGAAUGGCUUCUAAUCACUGGAAUGAAACUACUACAUCUGUUUAUCAGUACCUUGGUUUUCAAGUUCAGAAAAUCUACCCAUUUCAUGAUAACUGGAAUACUGCCUGUUUUGUCAUCCUGCUUUUGUUUAUAUUCACUGUGGUAUCCUUAGUAGUACUGGCUUUCCUUUACGAAGUGCUUGACUGCUGCUGCUGUGCAAAAAACAAAACGGUGAAAGAUCUGAAGAGUGAACCUAACCCUCUCCAAAGUAUGAUGGACAACAUCAGAAAACGUGAAACUGAAGUGGUCUAGACGACAGAAGAUGAAUAAAACCUUCAACAGCCUUUAACAUCUUCUGAGGAAAAAAGUUCCUGAUUAUAAAGUUCCUGUUAGAACACUGAUUCUGACUUUGAAUGGUUAAGAUUUAUAGUAAAAGCAAAAGACACGUAUUCACUUUGUGUA